UCAUCGGAUUGAGAGACAUGGAUGGGUAUAGAUGAAAAAACAAGAUGUCUGAAACAGACGGUUCAAACGAGCAAGUCAUUUUAGCAACAGCGGGCUACGAUCAUGCGAUCAAGUUCUGGCAAGCUCACAGCGGAAUAUGCCAUCGUACAGUUCAGCAUCCAGACUCUGUAUCCUUUUAAAAUGCAGUGUUUGCUGCAUUUUUGCUGCAUUUUACUUUUAUGAGGUUCUCUAGAAUACGGAAACCCCUUUCCCCUCCAUUGUGGUCGAAAGCUGUGUUGGUCUAAGGCACUGAAUCUCUUGUAUAAAGCAGACUCCUCUGUAUUAAAUUCUCCAUUUGUACAUUUCCCAUAAUACAGUCCACUCUUUCUAAGACAGUCACCUUUGGGACUGAGUGUCCAUCUUAUAGCAGAGCUCCAUGCGAGCGCGCGCGCUAGUGGAGCCCCACACCUAACAAAAUUUGGUCAUCCAUCCAUCCAAAAAAUUUCGGUAAUCACAUGACUGUACGCCCGUCCGACCGUCCGUCUGCACCACAGGUGUAUCAAUGUAAAAUAACUCAAUUAACAGGUAUGACACCACAGGCAACGUGAGGUAUUUUUGGCAGGAAAUCGCAGGGCCACCCGGAUUUGUAGAGAGAAAAAACAACAACAAAGUCAAGUCUUUUUUGACUUAUUUUUGUUGUCUACACUCAUGUGGAAAACAGAGAAAGAGCUAGAGCUAGUGAUCAAAAACAAAGGAGACAAAUUUUGUGUGAAGAAAAACAUGAAAAUUUCAUAGCGGCAGUGAGACAAUGAGAAAUGCUAGUGGCUAACAAGGAGCCACUAAAAAAAAGAAAGUGAACAGGAACACAAGCAACAAAAAUUUUGGUGAGCACAAACAGUAGGACAAUUCCUUUAUAAAAAAGUAAUAUGUAACUAGGAAGUUUCAUGUUUUAGUUGUGCAAAACAGCAUUUUAGUCCUGCAAAACAACGGCAAAAAAAUGUACAAAAAAGGGUGCUGCAUGUACAAAUUUGUUUUCUUUGCUAAUUAGAUCUAUUGAUUUUGUUGCUGUUCUUAUUGCCAUAGCCAGUUAGCCUUACACGAUUUUAUUUUUUGUUUAUAAAUAUCUAGUUAACGAGAGCUUCGUUUUUAGUCCUCACUAAAUCUAUAUUUUAGAGAGUCAAGUAAAGGGAGUAAGGAAGGUAGGGACCAACUCUAGCUGUCUGUUUUACAGAGGUGUCCAUCUUAUAGAGGUGUCUAUUAAGAGAGAGUCGACUGUACACCUUGCCCCCCUUCCCCCCUAAAUAAAUUUUGCAUAGGCAUUGUCUUCAAUCUCUCCUUGGACAACUGCAAUACCCAGGAGAAAUCAAAAACAAAGGUUAUGCAAAACUUUGGGUGGCACACAGGGUGUAUUAUGGGAAAUAUGUACCUGGCGAAUGAGGACACUUGGUUCUGUUUCUUUGGGGUGUCUGUAUCAAGAAGGUUUGAUCGUAUUCUGAAACUAAUAAACUAAUCAUAGCUUAGUAUACUGACCAGUUUGUUACCUAAUUAAUGUAUUUUUAAGUUUCUUUUUUAGUCAGGUAGUUGCAUAGGUGAGGAAUGUUUUGAGCGCCAGCUUUGUGCUUAGAACAACAGUUUUUCGAUUAGCCUGAGAACAGAAUGUUUAGCCUUAGAACAGUCAACAUUUCAUGAGGCCACCACUGGUUUCUCCACAAAAUGAUGUCUGAAGAACGAGUGUACAAAUUCCAUGCUGCAGUGAAUUUGUUACCCUUGAGUCUUGCAACCCUGAUGCAUAAAAAUCCCCAAAUAUGCAAAAUAAUUCAUUGCAUUCAUCCCUUAGGAUGCAAAGAUUGAUGGAUCGCUCUGAAGAUGUUUUAAUUAUAGAAUAUCCUGUUCGUGUGAUUUCUGUGGCUGUUGUUUAACAAUGAAUAUCCAUUUUAGUCUUUUUUGUGCUUUAAAUAAUAGAAAGACUAUAUUUUAAUUUCAGUAAUGUAACAUAGAGUUUUGACCUCUGUCUUCAGACUAACUGACUGGUUACAUAAAGACCCAAGCAUAUUCAAUUUAGGACUCCCUCUUUUUUUGAACUGGGAAUCAUUGGCUGUCGACUGGGACUCCUGAUUUUUCACAGGAUGAGUCCCAGGACUCACCAUAACUAUUUGUAACAAACUCACUGAUACUGAUGAUGGUUGUUACCCAGAUCUGGAUUUAAGUGCCUCUGAUUGCUUGUUCCAUGAGAACAAGUUGUGUCAACCAAUUAGGAGCACUACAGCCAGAUCGUGGUAGUGACCCAUCAUGAGUAUGGAGUUCUGUGCUCAUUCCUCAGACAUCACUUCGUCAGGUAACCAGUAGUGGCGUUGCAAAAUGUCAGCUGCUUUCUAAGGUUACUUUUAAAUUAUUUCAGUUUGCUUGCAAGUUAAUAUCUUUAACCACAUUUGCAGCAAGUCAAUGCCAUGCAGAUCACUCCUGAUAGACAAUUACUAGCUGCUGCAGGUAUUUAUUGGGCUUUUCAAAAGCACAUGAACUCUGAAGUUCAAAAGCUGCCCCCAUAAAUGUGUUUUUUGCUGCCGUCAAUUAUAAGUAAACUUCUGUUCCGUAAGAGAUUCACCAAGAUGAUUGACAGCAGCAAAAAACACAAACGUCAGUUGGCUUUUGAAUUUCAGAAUUCGUGUGUUUUUGGAAAGCGCGGUAAAACAAUACAUUUCUUGGGGAUGGUCAAAUCUAGUUUCUCCAUUAAUGGUCAUAAUGCCAUGGUUUUGUUAGUGGUCAUGCACCAUAGUGAGUUUGCUUUGCUUGCCUGAUGAAAGUCAGGUUUUUUUUGGUAAGCUCCAGACCCCUCCCUAGUGAAGCUGCCACUGAUUUGUGUAUUUGUAUCACAUUUGAAUUUACCCAGAUUUUAUUUGUAUAGAUGCAUGCAGUUAGUUUGAAAGAAAUUUAAAAGCGAACAAAUGUUUAUCUACUAUGUGUUAUAAUACUGGUAUAUCAAUAUACAUGUAUUUUUAAUAUUUUUAAUAUUUAUUCAUGAUCUCAGGUUAUCAGCACAUACGCAUGUAUGACAUAAAUUCAAGUACUCCCAGUCCAGUAAGUUGCCAACACUUGUUUAUAAUAAUAUUUCAGUGGUAUGCUUCAAGUUGUGUUUUCCUUCUACUGACAGUUUCUUUAAUCUUGUAAACAUACAGUUUAAAAACCAGUGUUGUCAUUUGUUUUAUAAAAUACUUUUUUUCAAGGUUGUUAAUUAUGAUGGUGUCUCCAAAAAUGUAACUGCUGUGGGAUUUCAUGAAGAUGGCAAAUGGAUGUACACUGGUGGUGAGGACUGUUCAGCUAGAAUAUGGGACUUAAGGUAACUUUGCUUCUCGUAGUGCUUGGGUAAUUGGGUAUUGCAUGGUCUUUUUUUUCUUAAUAUUCAUAGUUACUGUUUUCUUCAGGUAGAGGUCUGUUUUUGUGCAUAAUGACAAUGGCAAGGAAGAAAUUAUUUGUAGCUGAAUAAAAGCUGUGCGCAAUUUGAAAAAAUGCUGCUACUUGAUGACAAAAAUCUGAUAUUUUUUGUGGACUAAUUUGAGCAGAAGGUUCAACAGUUGGCUCUUUGUUGGCUGACUGUCAGUUGCCUUUUUCAGCUGACUUUCAUAUUUUGGUCUAUUGGAGUCUAAUGACAGACAGUUGCCUGCAGUCUACCAACAGACAGUUGGCAAAUGUUGGGGGUCAGCUGUUCUUCAAUUUCGCCAAACUUUCAAACCUUAAAUCUUUGAGCAGUGACCAACUGACCUUAAUGUGAUUGAUAAUACCAAAUUUUUCUGUUGUACCCCACCAUGGACACAACACACCAGACUCUUACGAUAAAUUGACUCUUUUAUUACAGAAUAAUGUCUUAAAUAAUAUUCAUACACGUCAAUCACAAACAAACUCUUCAUGGAUAUGAGUGACUGCCAUCCAAUCAGCAAAAAGUAAUAAUAUUAUUAAUGAAUACCUGUACCUUGUACCUUCUAUCUGCAUCAAAUGCAGUGUAGAUUGUAGUAGGCAAGCAAGAUUAUUUUCUUUGGUAGGUCUCGUAACUUGCAAUGUCAGCGUGUCUUCCAAGUCAAUGCUCCUGUGAAUUGUGUGUGUCUUCACCCUAAUCAGGUAAUAAUAUUUUUGUUUAUUUAUAUAUCCCUUUUUUGCACAAGAAACAUUGACAUGCUGUACUGUAUUUUUUGCAAUUUAUGUGCUCUUUAUCAGGUCAAUGACCUCAGACAGAAAGCACAUUGCACAGGAUAUUAACUGUGUCAAGCAUUUUUGAUUUCUGCUUUGUUGGGACAUGCAGUUUAAUCCCAAGUCUCUUGUUGUUCUUAUAACCUAUUAUUAUCAUCAACAAUAUUUAUUUUUGUUUAGAUAUUUACCAGCAGACUGCAAGUUGAACGGUUAUUUGUACUAAGUUAUUUUAAAAUAAUUAUAAUUAACAAUUAUUCCAUGAGUGCGCAUUGGAUAUGAGGUGGUAAAUAGCUAAUGAGGUGCAUAGCGCUGAGUUGUCCAUAUCAAAAUAUGUUUUAUAUUUUGCUGUAGGGUGAGUUGAUCGUUGGGGAUCAAAGUGGUGCAAUUCACAUGUGGGAUCUGAAGACUGAUCACAAUGAACAGUUAGUAAGUCACAGGAAUUUUUUUAAAUUUUCAAAUAGUUUAAUAUUUAUCAGUGAACUUGAAUCUGAUUUUAGAUCACGAAGGAGCGCUAUGCAUUUCCAGUGAAAAAAUAAUAUCUGGAAACAAGGAAACUUCUGAAAAGGUGGUCCUGCUUUAAUUUCCUAAUAGGAAUGUUUCAAAAGGAAAUUCAUGUUUAAUUUCUUUAAAUCUAUCAUUGACAGUCGUUUCUGGCUUUUGUGACAAUUUCAGUUAGUGGGACUGAUUUGUACAAAUGGUAAAUGGGUCUUUAGAAUGACAAUUUUUGUUUACCAUUUGUCCAAUUUGAGCCAACCAGUUAAUACCUAUGUAUGUGUAAGGAAAAUAAGCAAUAUUUUAUUCAACCAAGGUAAUUUCUUCUAUUCUUAUUUGAGUUGCACAUGUCUUUUUCUUUACUGUAGAUUCCAGAGUCAGAUGCUUCUAUUUUGUCAAUAAGUAUUGACAGAGAGGCAUCGUACAUGGCAGCUGUCAAUAAUCAGGUGACUUUGUUGUGUUUUAAAAAGUUCUGUUGUUCCUUUUAAGUUUCCUUGUUUUUUUUAUCUCAUCUCUUUUUAACAACAACAACAACAACAACAACAACAACACCAAGAAAAAACAGAGUCAACUUUCUCUUAACGGACACCAAUUUAUAAGAUGGAUACCUCAGUAAAAUGGACACCUUGAGUUGGUCCUGCCUUUCCACUCCCUUUAUUUGACUCUCUAUAAGAUGGACAUCACCUAGAUAACAUCACCUUUAAAUUCCUAAGAACCUGUACCCUGUUGUUGCACCUGUGACAAGUGUCACUGAUCUUAUUAUCAAUAACCUUUUAGACAAUUUCACCUUAAACUGUUAGUCUUUGUCUUGACAGCUUAGUAUUUGAAGGCAGUAUUAUUCUUCUGUUGAUUCAAAGUUUGUGUGACCUGUUGUUCCACAAUGUUAAAGCUGUCAGUGAACAUAAAAAGGGCAGUUAAGUCAACAAUCCUUUUCCCCUUUAGGAUAAACUGACAAUCAAUUCAUCCAUUUUUCCGGUACAUCUGAUUAGUUACCCAUUUUCUGAUUGAAGUUUUGCAGAUUAAGAAAUAUACACUAUCACGUCAUUCAGUCUGUUAUUCAGUAUUGGUUGUUUGUGUUGAACACAUCACAGGAACCUUACGUUUCCAGUCUUUGUUGUUAGGGUAAUUGCUAUGUUUGGAGCUUAUCAGGAGGUACUAAAGAUGAUCCAACUGUCCUACAUCCAAGAACAAAAAUCCCGCGAGCUCAUAAAAGAGCAGCCUUAAAAUGCCUCUUUAGUCCUGAUUCUUGGUUAGUGUUCAGUUUAAGUUGAUGAUAGUCAUUUCAUCCAUCAUUUGGCCUGUCUGCUGAAAAAAAAAAUGAGCCAGUACAUAUCUAUUGGAAUUGGAAUUGUAAUUUGUAAUUUGUUUACCCACGGAGCACUAAGGAGUUCAUAAGAAAUCGUUGAAACGUGUCCAUGUGUUCCAGAUCGAAUUGGAUUUUGAAAGUGUUGGUUUUUAAGGAGAGGGGAAAACCGGAGUACCCAGAGAAAAACCUCUCGGAGCAAGGGAGAGAACCAACAACAAACUCAACCCACAUAUGGCGUCGACGCCAGGAUUCGAACCGGGGCCACAUUGGUGGGAGGCGAGUGCUCUCACCACUGCGCCACCCUUGCUCCCCCGCAUUGGGCACUGGUACAGCACAGUCUUACUUUUUUACUCUGGGUGAAGCAUACUUUCUCAUUCUUAGGAAUCUGUGGAUCUAAUUCCUGUGUGGUGAUGGUCAUUUUUUAAUAGAGAGAAAUCUACAUGUAUUGUCUAAAGCAACGUCCCUUUCACCCUAUGUGAUGAUACGAAACAAUGGAAACAUUAUCUAUCAUUAAAUAGCCUCAAGUUUUCUGAAGACUUCUUAUUUUUUAUUUUUACUAACUUUCUUAUUUUUUCAUUAUCUUUUGUAAGUUUUCUAGCCACAACCUCUGCUGACACAACAGUGAACAUAUGGCAAACAGCUGACUUCUCCCGUUGCAAAACUCUAAAGGAAACCAGUCAAAGAUGGGUUUGGGACUGUGCCUUUUCAGAAGACUCACAGUAUCUUAUUACAGGUAAUAAUGAAAAUUAAUAUUCCAUUUCUUUGUAGAUAAUGUUUUUUAGAAGUAAGAGUUGUUUGGGUGGGAUUUUGGUGAGUCUGGCUUCCCUAUCUAUGAGCUACAUGGAUUGUAUAGUAAAAUUGGGCAGUUAUUGAACAGGUAAGGGCCACUUCCAGGAAACACAACACCAUCAUGAUGUCUCAGCAAAUGUUUUACUAUUAACGUGCGAAAAAAGUACAUUCCCACAAAGAGCGAAAAAAAGGUAGGUUUGUCUGUAUUCUAACUGUUACAAUACAGACAAACCUACCUGAAGGUCACUGCAAAGUGAAAUUGAAGAAAGCGAUGAUCACCAAAUGCUGAGGAUAUCAAGGGUUGGUGGUUGGGUAAUCCGAGAAAAAAAAUCUACUGCCACGGACACUGUUACACUGAUAGACACGUAAAACUCUGGUAAAAAAAGGGUGAGAUAACAAACUAUAUAACUAAAUUUACAUACAGUGCAAAACAAAGGAGCGUAAUUAACAUAAUACCGGAGAGCGAAAAGAAAAAGAAUACACGGUGACAAGUAAGUGUAAGAAAACGAAAACAAAAGGGAAAAAUUUGCCCCAACAGUUAAGCUCAUAGCUAGGGAAGCCAGACUCACCACUUUCCCACCCAAUUCAACUCUUAUUCCGAUAAAACAUCAUAGGUGAUUUUCAUACUGUUUUCUACCUCAAAGCAUCUAGCAGACAUGAUGUCUUUGACCAUUUUGGUAUAAAAGUAGGUGUAGAGUGAACAGUCCCGGUUUAAAAUUGUUUGAUGUAGUGCCAGCGAUAUUUUGCAGAAUGCUGAAUGGCUGCCAAACACCCAAUUGACUCUGAUGUUUAGUGAUUAGGGUUAGGAAACUGAGUGAGUCAGGUUCCACUUAGGGUCAUUACACUGGGAAAACUGACCAGAAACUUGAUUCACUUAGAUUCCUAACCCUUAUCAAUAAACUUCAUAGUCAUUCAGCGGCUGUUCGGCAUUCUGCAAAAUACCCCUGCCAUUGGUGUGGUAUUCUCUAGCUUUUUAGAGUUAAUGUUAACUAAAUAAUAUCACUAAGGGUGGAAAUUGAUGAACACUAUAAAACAGUCUUACAUAAGGUACACAAACAAACGUUCCAAAGGAAAAACGAGAUUAUUAAUAUAAGGAAGCUUGUUUUAUGAUCCUUUAGAUAGUUACCUGAUAUUUUUGAAUUUUCAUUUUAUCAUUAGCAUCUUCUGACAACAUGGCACGUUUAUGGAAUCUUGAUCAGGCUGAGGUUGUACGUGAAUAUGCCGGACAUCAGAAGGCUGUAGUGGCUCUUGCAUUCAGAGAUGCUCAAGCUGUGUAAACAGGAAAAAAAACAAGAAUAGCCAAGGAAAUUAUUGUUCCAUAUGAAAUCAUAACGUUCUAUGCUUUUUAAAAGACAUAAACAUUUGUGAUGUGUUUAUGUGAUUUACAGUAAUAGUAUUUUCUUUAUGUCAAAAGAUCCUACAUCCUACAUGCCUUACAGCUUGACAAAAUGGCUGUACAAACAGAUUUUGUCUCUUAAAUGUUACCAUAGAUUCAAUAAAACCUUUUAAAAUACCAAUAAAG